CAUGCCUAUAAAAGCGUCAACAGGUUUCUAUGUAAGUUUCUCGGCUAGGUGUGAAAACUGUGACUUUUACCAAACAUCGACAGAUAACCAUGUCGGACUAUGUAUCGGCGUCCGCCAUCAAGGAUCUUCUCACCGAGUGCCCAAUAUGUACAGAACACUUUGAUGAGGUCAGACGAAUACCUCGUCGUAUGCCCUGCUGUGUACAGUCAAUAUGUCAGGCUUGUCUAGAGACGUACAGCCAAGGACUCCCAACGUUAUCAUGUCCCAUGUGUCGACACCAACAUAACCUGCCGGGCGGUGUGAAGUCUCUGCCCAAAGAGCCUAUUAUCCUAAGAAUCCUGGAUCAUCUGAAGAUUGUGAAAGGGCUCCAUCUGCCAUGUACAGAUUGUCCUGAUGGUAACCCUGCCAUGUCCAGAUGUGAUGACUGUGGCGUCUUCCUGUGCCAAGAAUGUCUAAAUGCCCACAAAAGAGUUCAACCGAUGCGAGAUCACCAAACUGUCAGUUUUAAGGAAAUGAAAGAACAACCAGGUAAAAGUUUCAAUCGUCUCCAUAAGUGUGCACAACAUCACCAACCCCUACAGUUCUACUGCUACACUUGUGAAAAGAUCGUCUGUGUGUCCUGCACUGUAGUAGAACACAAAGAAGGGAAGGGGCACAACGUCGUGUCCGUGGAUGAAGCACACAAAGAAAAGGCAAAGUCCAUUGACGAUACCUUAGUCAAGCUGAGGGAGAAGGCAGAGGGACUUGAGGAAAUAAAACAAGGUCUCCAGGACAGACAUUCAAACAUACAGGUGUCAAAACAGGCUGCGGUGGUUGACAUCAACAAAGCCUUUGACGAAUUGAUUGAUGAAAUACAGCAGAGGAGAGGUAUUCUGUUGUCAGAUGUUGAAGAGCGAUCCAGGAAGAUUCUGAAGCUGACACAGGAGGGACUGGAUUCCACCAGUAAUAUUCUGGCAAAAGUGACAUCAUCUACCGAGUACACACGACAGAUGCGGAGUAAAGCUGACAAGAUAGAGGAUCUACAAAUGAUGGGGUCUUCAGCUGCCACCUUGAGCGCCAUGUUGCAGAUGUCACCAAAGGCGUCACUUGGAAGAGCUGGUGUCAGCUUUGCUUCAACUUGCUUCAGUAAAAUUACCCCCUUGUUGAAGAUGGCCGGUCUCGUCAAAUCAGUUGUCUUUUCACCAAUAGAGAAUCCAAAUGGAAAUAAAUCCUUCAAUGAUGCAAUGACUAUUGAACACGAGUAUGUGCCAGAAGCUGCAUAUAUGACCGGGCAGCCGUUGGGAGUAAAAGGAUCGCUCGCAUGUGCGGAUCUGGAGUGGGACUCCAGUAUUGCAAGUGACGGUCUGACGGUUUCGGGGCCAUUUGUCACCAAUGGCAAACAAGAACAUCUUCCACCAAGGACAGGAUGCCGACUACAUGCAUCUCCCACUGUCCUGACAUCAACACCUCUGGUCAUCAGGCCAGGACAGACCAUCAUGUAUGGCAUGGAGGUCACAUACUCUGUCAUAAAACCAUGUGAUUACAAUACUUUUAUCUUCGAAGCAGCUUUGACUGGCAGCCCUGUUCAUGCUAACAAGACCCAAACAACUGGAUUGAGUGUAUUGUUUGUAACAUGCGCAAAACAUAAUGCAAUAUGUCUAAAGGUGUACAACAACGGACUAUAUCUGUCCCAUGACAACCUUACACUGAACGAGAGUGGUACAACUUACAGCCUGGAUUUGGGAUUCGUUCUUGAAGAGGAAACACAUACAGUCCAUGUCCUGGACCUUAGUAAACAGAAACUCGUCACAUCUGUUACUCCCUUCCCGUUUGAUAAACCUCUCUGGGUCAUAGCGUAUUGUGGAUUUUAUCCUAACACCCACUUAACCUGUGAUUUAUCAUCACAGAAAGGAAGAAACAUGCACGACGCAAUCAAACGCUUGAUCCACAAGAGAUAUAAGAGACAAAGUGGUAAAUCUUCGUCAUUUAUGUGACCAUUGUAUGCCAGGGGCGAGAACCCCUUUUCGCCAAACUUCCUCCGUUGGUCGAUAUGACCACAUCCUCCUUCUGUCUGGAAGACGUGACCUCAUUAAACCAUAAUGAAUUGUAGGCAUUACUUGGAAGUUGACGGAUGACAAAGUAGACGCAAUUUAUUAAUAACAACUUCUUGAAUACUGUUAAGGCGACGAUUCGGUAUAGAUCCUUGCUUGACAACGGUAUAAGGAUCUAUACUGAAACGUCGCCUUAACAGUAUUAAAGAAAGUGUUAUGCAUAAAUUGUGUCUACUUUGUAAGCCAUAAUGGUGUCCACGUAAACAAAGUUGUACAUAUAGCAGUACAUUCAUGCAAAUCACUGUCUUGGGUCCGGUAAGUUCAUGCACAAACUGGGCCACCAAUAACAUGAACAAUCAUUUCAUCAUUGAUGUGGCCAUUGUAGGCCCAGGAAACGAGUAAAUAUGAAACGUCACAACUUCUGACAUGGUUUCAGUUGUCAGUGAAUAGCGGUACGUUGGCGCCCAUUAGUGUGUUCAUUAUUUGAUGUUGAACACUUAAUGUCUUUUUAUGGGAUUCGAGGUUAGAUUCGGUUUCUAGCAACCUAUGCUGGUCGUAAGAAGCGACUAAAUGGGUCGCGUUGUCAGGCUCGGUGACUUGGUUGAUGGCAUGUCACGUACCCCGCCGCCGUGGAUUGUUGCUCAUAAUAUCAACCACUGGUCUGUCUGGCCCACACUCGAUUAUAUACCAGGAAUAUUGCUAAGCGCGGCGUUAAACAACAAACACACAACUUUUGGGAGUUCACAAAUGUUCCACCAAUGUUUUUUUCAUAGUGUUGACUGCUUGUGAAGUAACUCCGUUGUUAGUUUCACAGUAUCCAUCUUGCAGCAUGUGAAACUGAUAUCGUUAUGUAUAUUCUAUAUGAAUGAGGCCAGCACAGUGUACAGCAUGCGUUGUGUAUUCUUACAUGGUUAGUGUCACAUGAUCUGUAGUUGUUUGGUAAUGCUUCCCAUUUCAGUAGCGACGUAAUUUAUAUAGGUGUUAUUCUGUCACAAGUAUCUGGCUCUGAUAAUUUUGGACAAAUACAAGCGCUGCCAAUGUGUUCAUAAUUUUCUUUUGGUAUUAAUCGACAUGUGUUGUAUACAUUCAGACUCUUUAUGAAAAGUAUUAAGUAUAUUUUUAGGGCGCUACAUAUUCCACAAUUUCUAUAAAAAAAAUGGCUACAAUGACGAGGGCGAUAUUUCUUGCGAGAUAAUUUCUGAAGAUAUUGUACGUAAGCUUUAAUGACGAUUGAAGCAAUACAAACUUGAACCGUACAACAUUUGUCGCUAUUUCUACAUGUGUGGUAGUAUCAUCAUAUACAUUAUUCUUAAUGUUGACAUGAAUUGUUUUAACGUUUACAGUAGAUUUAUAGAUUGGUCAUCAAUUUUUAUAGUGUGAUUAUAGAAGUUUUGUUUAUUUCACGAUGUUUUCACGCGGUGUUGAUGUGUUUGUUUGCCUUUUCAAGACAGCACACAGGGCUUGAAUCCUUGAAUAAUGUCGGCUUGUUUUUGUUUUGGAAGGUCUUUGACCCGGCGUUGCUGUGCAUUAUUUUUUUUAAAUAUAGUUUCAAAUGCCUCUCUUCCAGGUUUUUCUUCGUUGCUUCGGUUUCACCGGCAUUUGUUUAGUUUCAUUUUAAACAUAUUUUAUUCUCAUGAAAAGGAUUGGGCACAAGAUAUCAUCACUUAGAACGCCCUCUCCCAUAGAUUAACAUGCAUGCUUAUUUACAAUUAAUAAAUUAAAUGACAGAAAGGAAAGAAAAGAAAUAGAGAAACUUAUGUAUAUUCACAUUGCUCACUCAAACCUUUUUGUUUACUUUAUAUGAGUAUGUACAUUCCUAAAUAUGUUUUCGUUCACAUAAUAAGGUAAAAUUGCAUUGCCAACUAGCAUCAGGUCAAUAUUUACAUCACAAGUAUCUUUCACAAUUAACAAUAGUGAGUGCAUCAAUUCGUUUCUAGCUGAUUUAAAUAAAGGACAUUCAAUGAAAAAAUUAUAUGAAUUUUUACAGCGGCUUUCACAUCGGCAUUUUGGAUCCACGUUUAAACCUUUUCUAAAGAAGUCAUUAUUUAAUUC